AUGGAGACUUCAUCAAUUACAGCUUUAAGUGAACUGGGAAUGGAGGAUCCAAGCUUCACCAACCAGUGGUACAUGAACUCUCUUGAUGAUAUCAACUUAUUACCAUUAGCUGCUGCAUUUGGAGAGAACAUACACCAGCCUUUCUCUCACCAAAAUUUCAACCUCAAAACCUCCAUGGAUAGCAGUAAUCUUGCUAUUAGACCAACAAAACAAUCGAAAACUGAUCAUUUGUCAAGCCCACAAUCAGCUUUUUCUCCUAACAUUCUCUCCUUUGUCAAUUCCAACCACACAAAUCAAAUGGGAUUCGUGAAGCCUAAAGAGGAGGCGGUAUGUUCUAAAAUCGUCGACAGCCUCCCUUCUGAUAUGUUAGUUUCUCAAGCUUCCUAUGGGAACCAAAACUAUGUGUUCAAGGCCUGCCAAGGACACAAGAGAAGUAGCACAAACGGUGCUAGACUUUCUCAAAGUCAAGAUCACAUUAUAGCAGAACGGAAGCGGCGAGAGAAGCUCAGUCAACGAUUCAUAGCUUUAUCUGCUGUAGUUCCUGGCCUAAAGAAGAUGGACAAAGCUUCGGUUCUAGGAGAUGCUAUCAAGUACUUGAAACAACUGCAAGAGAAAGUUAAAAUACUUGAGGAGCAAACAAAAAGGAAAACCAUGGAAUCAGUGGUCAUUGUGAAGAAAUCUCAUAUCUAUGUUGAUGAGGGUGAUGACAACUCUUACUCGGAUGAGUCUAAAGGCCCUAUUCAUGAAACUUUGCCAGAGAUGGAAGCAAGAUUCUGUGACAAACAUGUUCUCAUAAGAAUUCACUGUGAAAAAAGGAAAGGAGUUUUGGAGAAAACAGUAGCUGAAAUCGAGAAACUCCACUUAACAGUAAUCAAUAGCAGUGUUCUGGCAUUUGGGACUUCUGCUCUUCAUGUUACUAUUAUUGCACAGAUGGAUAUAGACUUCAACAUGUCAGUGAAGGAUCUAGUGAAGACUUUACGCUCAGCUUUCCAGUAUUUCAUGUGA